AAUAGUGUUGAAGAUGUCAGUUGGCUUUGUUCUUUAUCUGAGUCUGAGCUUGAUAUGAUCAUUAGCUUGAAAAUGCUUGUACUUCAACGUGCAAAAUUGUUUGGACAAGACCAAAUAACUCAAAAAUUUGACCUCAAGAUGCUUCGAGCUCUUGGGCUAAUUAUGAUGGAAUAUGUCAAAGAGAAGGUUAAGGAGAAGACACUGGUUGCAGGUUUGGAAGAAUCUUUUGCAUUCUUGGAUUCUUGUAAUCAAUUACAAUGUGAUGUUGAAAACAUUUUGGAUAGCGAGGAGGUAUUAAAUUGUAUAGCUGCUAAAUCGAGAAAGAGACAUGAAAAUAGAUCAGGUCUGCUUUUGUUUACAUCUUGCAUUGCAGCUACAUUUUGA